AUGCCGGCCGCCGUUGCGUCGCACCGACAUGAGGUGCCUGGAGUUGUUUCCUUCGCAAAACUGCUGGAAAGUCUGUUGGCCCGGUCAACGGAGGUCAAGUCCACGCCCGCAAUCGAACCCGCACUGCACAAAGCAGACUUUGGCGAUCUUGACAACCAGCUUGGCUAUGUGCUGGAGAUCUCGCAGCCUGCCGGAGAGGAAGAUGCACCCACUACCGGCGCCCAGAGCAAGGCGCAGCAAUUCGCCAUAAUUGAGACUGCUGUGCGGGACAUGUUCAGCAACCUAAUUGCUACAACACCGAUCGAAUCUCCGGAUUUCGUUAAGGUCUGGAAUCUUUUUGAUUUGCUCAUCAUACUUUCCGACGAAGAGAAAUGCGAUCCCGCGUUAUUGUUCUGGUUGGUGGAGGAGCUGUUGGACAGCCAAACUAUUGCCGGAUGCCGGAAGAUAUUUGAUUUCCUCGAAUCGAGGCGAGAAAGGAUCACUGUCAAGCACUUCAAACAAAAACAGUUGGUCAUUCUGCGCAGCUGUAAUGAGCUUCUGCGCCGUCUUUCUCGCGCGGAGGACACGGCAUUUUGCGGACGGGUGUUUAUCUUCAUGUUUCAGAGCUUUCCUCUUGGCGACAAAAGCUCCGUAAACUUGCGAGGCGAAUACCAUGUUGAGAACGUGACUGUUUACGAUGACCUCGGCGCCAAGGACGACGACGCUGCCGGUCAGAUGGACGUGGACCCGCCCAAGGAGGUUGCCGAUGUGGACGCGAAAUCCCAGACGAAGGCUGUCUCGUUUGAUGCCAAAAAACCAGUCCAAGCCGAUCAGCCACUCGACCCAGAUGUGUUGUACCCUCUUUUCUGGUCUCUCCAAGAGACAUUCAGCCAACCAAAGAAGCUCUUUGAACCAGAUAACCUGGCAAGUUUCAAGCGCGGCUUGGAGGCGACCAUGACCUCCUUCCGAGCGAUUCAAGCCGAGCAGGGCCAAAGACCGCCCAAGGCAGUAGAUGAGGCCCAGCGAAGCUUGAAGCGGAAACGAGAAGACGCAGAAGAGGGUGACCUGGCAAAUUCAUACAACCCAAAGUACCUGACCAGUCGGGAUUUAUUCGAGCUAGAGAUGAGCGAUAUAUCGUUUAGAAGACACAUCCUCGUUCAGUCUCUGAUCGUCAUGGACUUCCUUCUAUCCUUGUCUAGCAAAGUGAAGGAGAAACUAGCCGGCAAUGCGCAGAAUAAGUCGGUCAUCUACGUGGGCCAAGUUCUUAGCGACGAAGAUACGAAAUGGGCGACGGAGACGAAGAGGGUCAUCGUCGAGAAGUACCUCAAGCAUGGGACUGACGGCCCGUACUUCAGCCGUGUUGUUGAGACUGUUCUCGCUAGAGAUAAGAAUUGGAUUCGGUGGAAAUCAGAGAACUGCCCAUCGAUAGAGCUGCCGCCAGUGUCUCCUGAGACAUUUCUCGAGGCGAAGAAAGGCUCACAGCGCACAGCUACGAAGAAGCGUCUGAGAUCCAUACCAAUGGGUUCUUUGCCCCUUGGCUUCCUCGAGGAGGGCAAUGAGGAGACGGCGAUGCAGAAACUCAAGGCCGAGGAGAGAUACAGCUUGCCGGAGCUGGAGGGGUUCAAAAGGAAGAUAGCUGACGAUGACUUCGAGAUCGAGAUGCCCACGAACAACCAAACAAAGGCCGCUGCCGUCGAGAGCAAAGCUAGCAAGAGUUGGCGAGCUCUCAGAAUAGCAAGCAAGACAAGGCUAACUUUGUUUGACAACAUUGAUGACCCAGACAAGAUCGAUGCUAUAUUCGAGGAGCCUGUUGAUGCAGAUGAGGCCGAUAUAGCUGCGGAAGAGGCCCCCAAUAGCGACGAAAUGCCAGCAGACAAGCGGCCCAUCAUCAUAUCAGGGCCACCAGGAGCUGGUAUGGCAUCUAUCUUUGGCCUAUUGGCUGAGAAGCAUCCUGGAUCGUUUACACGAGUGCCUCAACACACCACCAGAAAGGCGCGAGAAGGCGAGGUGGGAGGCCAACACUUUCACUUUGUGGACGCGCAGGCCUUCAACAUGAUGAGAGACGGCGAUGCGUUGCUGGAGUUCACGACUGUCGGUGACGUGGACUAUGGUACGAGCAGGAAGGCUGUAGAGACCGUUGUCGAGGGAGGAAAGGUCCCGAUAAUGCACAUGGAUAGCGAGGCUGUUCAACAGGUCCAGGACCUCGGCUUCGCGGCUCGGUUUGUUCUCCUGCUACCACCUAGUAACGAGGUUUUGGAAGAGCGGUUGAAGAAAUCUGGCAAGCACAGAGACGAUGUACGAAACAUCCUCUCUAAGUCUGCCCCCUAUUUUGACACGGAGUCAAAUGUCAAAGAGGGCUUCGACUUGGUUCUGACGAAUGAGGAUCUUGAGUCAACCUUCAAGAGUUUUGAGGGUUACAUCUACAGCACGCAAGAGGAACAUGUUGCCAACGGCCAAGCUGGUGAUGGAGAUAAGCCUGUAGCGGACGAGGCGGCCGAGGCUGACGCCGAUGCACCCAUGACUGACGUACCGUCUGAUGUACCGCAAGCCGAAGAGCCUGCGCAAGAUAAGGAGGCCGAGGUGGAGGGAAAAGCCGACCAGUCUGAGGAAGUGAAGGAGGCGGCAUCAUAG